AUCAGCAAACUAAUUCAAUUGCUUCAUUCUGAAUCCGUUUCUCUCUCUCUCUGUGUACUGUCACAACAAUUUUCAAAAAUGAAUUGAAUUAGCAGACGCUGCAAUCCGAUUGUAUAUACAUGGAGUCCCGUGUAUCACCGGAUUGAAGGAGAUACCGAUAGAGCUUAUCUGAGUCUAUCUGGUGGAGCAGUGAUGGAGUUAUUUUCUACUUUGAAUCUCAAUGUUCAGAGACCAUGCGCAAUAAUAUCAUUUUUGAUUUCAGUGCUACUCUUGCUAAUGAGUAGUAAAGGAAUACUCUCAGCUUCUGAUUACUUAGUUGGGCUUGGAAGCUAUGACAUUACUGGACCCGCAGCUGAUGUUAAUAUGAUGGGAUAUGCUAACAUGGAGCAGACCACUUCUGGUGUUCAUUUCAGGUUGCGAGCACGAGCAUUUAUUGUUGCGGAGCCACAGGGAAACCGUAUAGUGUUUGUAAAUAUCGAUGCUUGCAUGGCCUCACAACUCGUGACAGUUAAAGUGCUCGAGAGGUUAAAUGCGAGGUAUGGGAACCUAUAUACUGAAAAGAAUGUUGCUAUUAGUGGUAUUCACACCCAUGCUGGCCCUGGGGGUUAUCUACAAUAUGUUUUGUAUAUUAUAACAUCUCUUGGAUUCGUACGCCAGUCAUUUGAUGUUAUUGUUGAUGGCAUAGAGCAAAGCAUCAUACAAGCUCAUAAUAAUCUGCAGCCAGGAUCAAUUUUUGUGAAUAAAGGAGAGCUUUUAGAUGCUGGUGUGAACCGCAGUCCUAGUGCUUAUAUGAAUAAUCCUGCAGCUGAACGUGAUAAAUAUAUGUAUGAUGUUGAUAAGGAGAUGACCCUUUUGAAGUUUGUGGAUGAUGAAUGGGGUCCAAUUGGUAGCUUUAACUGGUUUGCCACUCAUGGAACUUCUAUGAGUCGUACAAACUCGUUGAUAAGUGGGGACAACAAAGGGGCUGCUGCACGAUUUAUGGAAGACUGGUUUGAUCAGAAUAGUGUUGAAGAUGUAUAUUCUGAUAAAUCUGAAGCGAAUGAAAUCCCUCGAAGAGUCUCAAACAUAAUUUCUGUCGUCCAUGAAAAUCACCACAAGUUCCUGGAGGUUGCUGCCUCUUUCCAAUCUUCUUCCGGUAAACCAUCAAGUAGGCUUUCAAGUGUUGCAAGACGUGUCAGGAGUGCUCUCAGGUCGCCUGAUAAGCCUAGAUUUGUUUCAGCGUUUUGUCAAUCAAACUGCGGUGAUGUUAGCCCAAAUGUUCUUGGUGCAUUCUGCAUUGAUACCGAGCUACCUUGUGACUCUAAUCACAGUACUUGUUGUGGAAAGAAUGAGUUAUGCUAUGGUCGAGGACCGGGUUACCCAGAUGAAUUUGAGAGUACACGUAUCAUUGGAGAUAGGCAAUUCAAAAAGGCUGUGGAUCUUUUCAAUGGAGCAACUGAACAGUUGAAGGGGAAAGUGGACUCGCGUCACACUUACUUGGACUUCUCCAAGCUUGAGGUUGGACUUCCUAUACAGGGAGGAGGUGUUGAGGUGGUUAAAACAUGUCCUGCUGCAAUGGGGUUUGCAUUUGCUGCAGGCACAACCGAUGGACCUGGAGCUUUUGAUUUUCAGCAAGGAGAUGACAAGGGAAAUUUGUUUUGGAGGUUGGUUCGCAACUUUCUUAAAACACCUAAGAAGGAACAAAUUGAUUGUCAACACCCAAAGCCUAUUUUGCUUGAUACUGGUGAAAUGAAGGAGCCGUAUGAUUGGGCGCCUUCAAUACUUCCAAUUCAAAUCCUCCGGAUAGGGCAGCUAGUCAUUCUCAGUGUACCUGGAGAAUUCACAACAAUGGCCGGGAGGCGUCUCCGAGAUGCUGUAAAGACGGUGCUCACAAGUGGAGGACAUGAAGAAUUCAGUGGCAAUGUUCAUGUUGUAAUAGCUGGGUUGACAAACACAUAUUCACAAUACGUGACUACCUUUCAGGAGUACCAGGUGCAAAGAUAUGAGGGUGCCUCCACACUGUUUGGUCCCCACACGCUCACUGCUUACAUUCAGGAGUUCAAGAAGCUGGCAAAGGCUCUGAUCAGAGGCCAAUCUGUUGAACCGGGACCACAACCCCCAGAUCUCCUGGAUAAGCAAAUAAGCUUGCUCACACCAGUUGUUGUGGACAUGACCCCUCAUGGUGUAAACUUCGGGGAUGUCAGCACUAAUAUACCCAAGAACUCCACAUUCAAUAGAGGUGAUAUGGUGACUGUAGUUUUCUGGUCAGCUUGCCCCAGAAAUGACCUCAUGACUGAAGGUACAUUCGCUCUUGUCGAGAUUCUCCAUGGAAAGGACACUUGGGUCCCUGCUUACGAUGAUGAUGAUUUCUGCCUUCGCUUUAAGUGGUCAAGACCUGCUAAAUUCAGUCCCUGGAGUCAGGCAACCAUUGAAUGGAGGAUCCCUGAAUCCACAGCUCCAGGUGUAUACAGAAUAAGCCAUUUUGGUGCCUCCAAAAGUCUUUUGGGAUCGAUUCACCAUUUUACUGGUUUAUCUAACGCGUUUGUGGUAACAUGAGAAAGCUUGUGAUGUUUGUUCAUGUAUUUGCUUCUGAGCAAUUAUUGUGUGUAUAUAUAUAAACUAUACGAGUAGUUAGCUUGUUUGGAAGUUUUGGAUUUGUAGCUUUAACUCAUGCUGCCUGCAAAUAAAUAAUCUCUGCAAUUCAAGUAUGUUGGCUGCAGGUAUCAUUGAAACAUAUUGUGAGUUGUGCGUUGUGAAAUAUAAUAUGGAUAAUUAUCCUA